AUGAUUAACAAUUCUAAGUAUUGUUAAAAACAUCUAGAUCAUUUGAUUAGAGGAAUUUGCAUAGCCAAGUAUAAUCAAAAAUAUCAGCAAAUGAUAUGUGAGAAAUGUAUUAUUGAAUAUCAAAUACCUGCUGGUUAAAUAAUAUCAAUUGAAGAUUUUCAAAAACAAAUUUUUGAGAAAUCUUAUAACUUAAGAAUGAACAAUUAAUUGAAAUAACAUGAUUAUUAAUCUCAGUUGAAAAAAGUCUUAUAGUAAUUUGAUGAAUAUGAAGUAGAAAUAGCUAUGAUAUAAAAAAAUAUGAAAGAAUCUAUUAAUAAUAUUUCAAAUACCUAUAAAACAGGAGAUGAGAUAUUUCAAAUGCUAAAUAAAUAAGAUUUUAAUCUUCUAUAGUGCACUUAAAAUGAAUUAGGAAAUUUAGUAAAUUUUUUACAGGAAAAUAUUUUUGAGACAUGGGUUAAACGAAAAUAAAUUGUGUCUACUGAAAUCUAAAAAGGAGAAGAAGCUUUGGAAAGUGCAAUAAAAAAAUGUACACUGCAUGUCAUAUGUUUGACAAAAUUUAGAGUGAUUUGUAAAAUUUUUAAUAGAAUUUAGUACUAAUUAAGAAAAAAGAGAAACUAUCGUUCAAAUGAAAGGAUUUUCAAAAUUCAAAAAUAAAUUUAAGCUAACAGAUUUUAAUAUCACAACAAAUCUAAAUGGAGAUAAAAUUUAUAAAUAAAAACAAUAGAUCCUUAGAAGGUAUCAUUUCUAUUCAAAAAUAAUUUAGAGAAAAAAUAAUUUCAGGAUAAAAAGAUGAAACAAAAUUUGAUAAUUUAGAAUAAAUUAAACAUUUAGAUUUCAAAGGAUAGUAUGGAAUUAAUGGAUUUAAAAUAAAAUUAUGGAACUAUUUUUGGAAAGGAAAAAAAGUUGGAGGCGGAUCGUACAAUUUGUUUGGUAAAAAGGUAGGAAAAUGGAGUGAUUUAUGUGAAAACUAUUGGGAGUAAUAUUAUAAAUAAAAAUUUUAAGUGAAAAAAAUAUAAUUGAAGAAGGUUAUUAUAAAGAAAAUAACAGAGUUGGUAAUUGGACUUUUAAAUGGAAUAAUAGAUAAAUGUAAUAAACUAAUUUAUACCAAUAGUGGAGGUGGUUAAUAUGAUUAGAAUGGAGAAGGUACAAAAAUUGGAAACUGGAUGGAAUUGAGUCAUAAUUUUAAUUGUAGACAUUAAGUCUUUGAUAAUGGUGAAUAUCUGAAUAACAAAAAAGUUGGUAAAUGGGAUAUUAAAUAUAAGAAUCCAGUUGAAAAUUAUUUUAAGCCAAUGUAUAUUAUAAGUAUAAUUUUUUUAGUGGUGGUGGAUCAUAUGAUAAUGGAAUUAAUGAAAUAAAAAUAGGCAACUGGAUUGAGUUGAGUCCUCAUUUUAAAGAAAACUUCUAAAUCAUUUAUACUGGUCUAUAUUAAAAUGGAAGAAAAGUUGGAAAAUGGGAAAUUAAGUAUAAGUACUAAAAUGAAAAAUAAUUUAAACCAAUGUAACAGUUAUGUGAAAUAUUACUUUAGUGGUGGUGGAUCAUAUGAUAAUGGAGGUGAUGAAAUAAAAAUAGGUAAAUGGAUCGAAAUAAAUGAAUACUUUAAGUAAAAUUCAUAAAUCAUAUAUAUUGGUUAAUAUAAAAAUGGAAUUAAAAUUGGUAAAUGGGAUAUUAAAUAUAAAAAUUAAGAUGAAGAAUAAUUUAAAUCCAUGUAAAAAUUAUUUGUAUAAUUUAUUUAGUGGUGGUGGAACUUAUGAUAUUGGAAUUGAAGAAAAAAAGGUUGGUUAAUGGAUUGAAUUGUGUAAAAGGUUUAAUUGGGAUUCAUAAAUAAUAUUUAUUGGUUAAUAUUUAAAUGGUCGAAAAGCUGGUAGAUGGGAUAUUUAGUAUAAGAAAGGCGAAUGUAAAACAUUUUAAAUAAUGUAUAAUUAAUUAUAAAUGAUUUAGUGGUGGUGGAUAAUUUUUCCUCCAUUAGUUAAAAGUGCUACAUUUGACCAAAAUUAGGAUUUCUGUAAUUCGUCUUAAUAUAUAGAGACAGAAUUGA